CAAGCUUAUUUGCUUUAGCCUGUCUAGGUUGUUUCAAUGACAUGCACAAUGCUCUUGGUAAUGCAUCUCUUUGUACUUUUGGCACUUUGCCUGUUUCCUCCAGUCAGCAGUUCAAAUGUGGUGUUUAAAAAUAAUGGCUAUGAAAACGUAGUUAUCGCAAUCCAUCCUGAAAUACCAGAAAAUGAUGAUAUUAUCAGAAAAAUACAGACUAUGAUAACUGACUCGUCUUCAUUUUUAUUCAAUGCAACGAAACAGAGAGCAUACUUCAGGACUGUAAAGAUCCUAAUUCCUUCAUCCUGGACAAACAAGACAUUUUAUCAGACACCAAAGACAGAAACAUUUGAUAAUGCUGAUGUAAUUGUUGCAGAAGCAAACAGGAAAUAUGGAGAUGAGCCCUACACUUUGCAGUAUGGAAGAUGUGGUGAAAGAGGAAGAUACAUCCAUUUAACACCAACUUUCCUAUUAAGUGACACAUUGAUUGAUGUCUAUGGACCAAGAGGUGAUUCUUUAUUUGGCACCAGCACUUUGGAACUACCACCAUCUGAUGUUGAAGGAUUUGUAGCCUCUGAUAAUUAUAACAGAAAUGAGCUGGCACAGUCAAGGCAGAGUGUGUGUUCUACUGACAUUAAAGGAGUACAGGUAUCCAAAGGAACCUCAUCUCCAUGUAAGUUCAAUGAAACCACAGGGCUGCCAGAUGAACAGUGUGUGUUUAUCCCAAACAAAACACAAAGUACAACAUCAUCUGUAAUGUAUCUCCAAGGAUUACCUUCUGCUGUUGGAUUUGAAGCAACAAAUAGUCCAACAGAGUACAAGGCCUUGAUGGUCAUGGGAAACAGAAAAACUAAAGUAGUUGUAGAAGUGUGCAGUGUGCUAGAAAUGGAGAAAAAGGACAAGAAAGAAAUUGGAGGGCCAGGGUAUAUUGUGGAAAUAGACAAGACUCUUUUUACUAGACGUAAAAGUAAUGCUGGCCGUAUUCUCCCUCAACAGUGGAUAUUUGGAGGGUAUAACCGAAAGGAAAGGUUGAAACAGGCAGGAGAAGUUUUCUUGCUGCAGAUUAUUGAAGCAGGAUCAUAUGCUGGUAUUGUUACCUUUAAUUCAAAUGCCACUAUUACGAAAAACCUGGUGCAUUUAGACAAUUAUGCCAAACGAGAAGAACUUGCAAACUCCCUACCUACAUCAGCUAACAGUGGAACAAAUAUCUGUCGUGGAGUUCUAAAAGGUUUUGAGGUUCUCGAGCAAGUUAAUGGAGGAACAAGUGGAAAGGAAAUUGUGUUGCUGACUGAUGGAGAAGACAGUGGAAUAAACAAUUGUUUUACAGAAGUAAAGGACAGUGGUUCCAUUAUUCACACAAUUUCACUAGGACCGCAAGCUGCUAAGGAACUUGAACAGCUGGCAGACAUGACUGGUGGGCUUAAGUUCUACGCUACAGAUAGUCUUGACUCUAAUGGUUUGGUUGAUGCUUUUACUAGAAUAUCAUGUUCAAAUGGUAAUCAUUCCCAAAAGUCCAUUCAGCUUGAAAGCAAUGGCCUCACUGUUAAAACAAAAGAAUGGUUUAACAGCACAGUGUCGAUAGAUAAAUCAGUUGGAAAAGACACUUUCUUUGUGAUCACAUGGCAAACAUCUGAACCAGAUAUUUAUGUGCAGACCUCCAGUAGAAGAAUAUACAUGACGGCAGACUUUAAAAAAGAUACAACUUUAAAAGCAGCUCGGCUUCAAAUACUUGGAACUGCAGAGACAGGAGACUGGAGUUAUUCACUUUACAAUACAGACAGCAGCAGCCAGACUCUUGGCAUCACAGUAACAACACGAGCAGCAGAUCAAAGUAUUCCACCUGUCAUUGUUAAUGUCCACAUGAAUACAGAUAAAAGUUUUUAUCCUGCUCCAAUGGUGGUUUAUGCUGAAGUCAGUCAAGGCUUUCUGCCUGUUGUUAAAGCAACUGUAAUAGCUACAAUUGAAUCAGAAAACGGCAAAUCAGUUACCUUGGAACUAUUUGAUAAUGGUGCAGAUCCAGAUGUUGCAAGGUGUGAUGGAAUUUAUUCGAGAUAUUUCACCUCCUUCACAGGAAGUGGCCGAUAUAGCCUAAAGGUCCGAGUUCAGGGAAAGGAAACAACCAGUUUAGCAAGCAGGAGGCAGAAUCGUGCUGCAUACAUACCAGGAUUUGUUGACAAUGGUCAGGUCCAGUUUAAUCCAUCAAAGCCAUCGGUAAAAGAUGAUGGCUUUAAUGUUGUUGUGGGCAGAUUCAGCAGAACAUCUUCAGGGGGAUCGUUUUCUGUAGCUGGAGUUCCAUCUGGACCUCUCCCAGACAAAUUCCCACCCAAUAGAAUUUCUGAUCUGGAAGCUGAAAUGAAAGAAGACACAUUCAUCUUGACAUGGACUGCACCAGGAAAUGACUAUGAUCUUGGAAAUGCUUCUGAUUAUGAAAUAAGAAUGAGCAAGAACCUUCUGACCCUAAGAAAUGACUUCAGCAGUGCAGAACAAAUUAACACUUCACACAUUAUACCCCUUCCUGCUGGGAGCCAAGAAAGCUUUUCCUUCAAACUUGAGGAUGUUGUAAUAGAAAAUAGAACUAUUCUCUACUUUGCUGCACGUGCUUCGGAUGAGGCUGCAAACCUGGCAGACGUAUCCAAUAUUGCACAGGCAGCAAUGAUUAUUCCAAGUGAUCCAAUCAGUGAGGCUAGUAAUGGUAUUAGCAUCACAGUGCUUGUCCUGAUAGUUGCAGUAUCCUUAAUUGUGGUACUGAUUAUUGUAAGUGCAGUUGUGCGUGGAGUAAAUAACAGAAAAAGAAGAGAUUAUCGCUUCAGGCUGUCUGCAUGAAUGAUAAAAUAUCUAAGCCAUAUAUUACUUUGAAGCAAGACAGCAUGACAUUGAAACAUGAUGAAAUCUAUGUUUGUUAGAAAGAUGUAUUCUCAGAGUUUCACCUUAACUUGUAAUUUUCUAGUUUUAUAACACAGAAUAACCAGUCUCACAUAAUUUAGACUAACUACAUUAAUACAAUGCAUUGAUAUUUUGUAUUUUAAUCCAAUAUUUUGUCUCUUAAA